CCGGCCCCCCACGCCCGCGGCCCGGAGCGCCGCCUCCCAGACCGCGCCGCCGCGAUGGCGGAGGACAGCGAGUCAGCGGCCAGCCAGCAGAGCCUGGAGCUGGACGACCAGGACACGUGUGGGAUCGACGGGGACAAUGAGGAGGAGACGGAGCACGCCAAAGGAAGUCCCGGAGGAGAUUUGGGUGCCAAGAAGAAAAAGAAGAAACAGAAGAGAAAAAAGGAGAAACCGAAUUCUGGAGGCACCAAGUCAGACUCGGCGUCUGACUCCCAGGAGAUUAAAAUUCAGCAGCCUUCCAAAAAUGCCACCAUUCCCAUGCAGAAGUUGCAGGAUAUCCAGAGGGCAAUGGAGCUGUUAUCUGCAUGCCAGGGCCCCGCCAGGAACAUUGAUGAGGCUGCCAAACACAGAUACCAGUUUUGGGACACACAGCCGGUACCCAAACUAAAUGAAGUGAUAACGUCUCACGGUGCAAUUGAAGCUGAUAAAGAAAACGUGCGUCAGGAACCGUAUUCCCUGCCACAGGGUUUCAUGUGGGACACAUUAGAUUUGGGCAACACCGAAGUGCUCCGGGAGUUGUACACUCUGUUGAACGAGAAUUAUGUGGAGGACGAUGACAACAUGUUCCGGUUUGACUAUUCGCCGGAAUUCCUGUUGUGGGCCCUGCGUCCCCCAGGCUGGCUCCUCCAGUGGCACUGUGGGGUCAGGGUCUCUUCAAACAAGAAACUAGUGGGGUUCAUCAGUGCCAUCCCUGCCAACAUUCGGAUCUACGACAGCGUGAAGAAGAUGGUCGAAAUCAACUUUCUCUGUGUUCAUAAGAAAUUGAGAUCCAAACGUGUAGCCCCAGUACUAAUUCGAGAAAUAACCAGAAGAGUGAACCUGGAGGGGAUCUUCCAGGCUGUUUAUACCGCAGGAGUGGUUCUUCCUAAGCCAGUGGCUACGUGCAGAUACUGGCAUCGAUCACUAAACCCCAGAAAAUUGGUAGAAGUGAAAUUUUCUCACUUGAGUAGAAAUAUGACUUUGCAGAGAACAAUGAAGCUGUACAGACUUCCAGAUGUUACAAAAACGUCAGGCUUGAGGCCAAUGGAACCAAGAGAUGUCAAAGCCGUCCAAGAACUAACCAACAGUUACCUGAAGCAGUUUCAUCUGGCCCCAGUGAUGAAUGAAGAGGAAGUGGCCCACUGGUUCCUCCCUCAAGAGCACAUCAUUGACACCUUUGUAGUGGAGAACUCCAGUGGUAAACUAACUGACUUCCUGAGCUUCUACACACUCCCCUCCACAGUCAUGCACCACCCCGCUCACAAGAGCCUCAAGGCUGCCUACUCCUUCUACAACAUCCACACGGAGACGCCGCUGCUGGACCUCAUGAACGACGCGCUCAUCAUAGCCAAGCUGAAAGGAUUUGACGUAUUCAAUGCACUAGAUUUGAUGGAAAAUAAGACCUUCUUGGAAAAACUCAAGUUCGGCAUAGGCGACGGCAAUUUACAGUAUUACUUGUACAAUUGGAGGUGCCCAGGAACAGAGUCCGAAAAAGUUGGACUUGUAUUACAAUAGAUGGAUAUUUCUGUUCUUAGAACUCUUUCGUCAUCAGUCGUUAAUAUUCUAGUUAAUGAUGCCUGGAACUGCCAUUCCAAAGAAGAUGAGAAGCACAACUUAAGUGACAUCAUAGUCAGUAACAGAAAAGAUGAGAAAAAAAAUCCAUUUGUGACCAAGAAAACACAUCCGUAGCUAGAACGUUAACAUUCAUCCUUUUUUUCACCAUUUACCCACUGGUAGGAGGGAUGGACGAAGGGUACAGAGAGUACGUUCCUUGAAUUUGCAACCUUUUCGCUGGCUCUCGAUGAAGAAAAGUUCUUUUUUUUCCCUCUCUCUAGAAAAGGGGCCACUUUUCAGUGGACUGGACAGACGUCACAGCAUCAUGUAAGAAAACCUUGGGCACCGUGCGGAGGUAAAGUGCUGCCCCUCUGUCUGUGACGAGGCCUCUGGUCUGCGGGCCGUGUCCCGAGAGGAACGCGCCGUCUGGAAAGUGUUGCCUUCCGUCUCCCAACGCGUCCCCUCGGGAGCGCCCACGGAAGCAGCACAUCUGUGCCUCGGUCACGAGCCGUGGAUGACGGAGUGAAGAGCGAGGUAAAAACGCGCUGGGGACUGUGUGUGUCUCGAGAGGCGAAGUUGCCACUUCAGUCCGUGUGUAUUUGCAUCUGCAGCGGGUCGGUGGACUGUUUCCAGAGUCAGGUGUGGGGCAGACAUCCCCGAAGCGUGUCCAGCCCGGGACGAGCCAGGCUGUCCUGCCCCAAAGACACUCUUUCUUCUCGGCAACAGCCUGGCUGCGGGAGGCGAAGGGAGUCGAAGCCCUCAAGUCACGUGUUGCGCGCAGUGGGGUUUGACUGCUCUCAGGACGCUGAGAGUCUGAAUGUUUUUAAUUCCUUAUGCAGAAUUGCACACAUUCCUUUAUGCUGACUCUAAUUUAUCAUGAAAGCUGUCAGGCUCUUGGAAGACUUCUUAUUUGUAAAUAAGUAUCAUCAUUUUGUUACUUAUACUGAUGGUGUUUUUAUCUCCGGUUUGAAAAACGAGUUUCCCAGUGUACAUAACUGUAAAUAUCGCCCAUAGUCGACAUAAACUGGCCUCAACUACCACACAGUGAGUCCUUCUUCCUGCCUUUACUGUACCUGUGCCUAGGCCGCUCAGUCCAGAACAAUCUAAAUACCUUAGAUAACAGGAUGCCCUUCCUCCGUGUUCUUACUAAGGAGUCCAGGGAAACCAUCAUACUUCACACCAGGCAGGAGCUAGCAAACUCUGGCCUGUGAACUCGAGUCAGCUCAUCAUCUGUUUCGGACAGCCCACGAGCUAAGAAUGGUUUUACAUUUUUGAAUGGUGGUGGGGGGGAUCAAAUGAGGAAUGUUUUGCGACACAUGGAAAUUAUAGGGAGUUCAGAUUUCAGCACCCAUAAGGUUUCAUGGGAACACGGCUACAUUCAUUUACAUUUUGCCUGUGUGGCUGCUUCAUGCCAUGAAAGACAUCUUUGUAGUUGUUCGUAGAGUUGUUCUGACGGAGGCUACGGGCCAGAAGGUCUAGCGUAUUUACAACCUGGCCCUUUAAUGGGGAAAGAAACUGCCACUGAUGUCCACCAAGGAGCAGAAAGCCAUUUUCUGCAGCUCGCCCUUGUCCUCAGGGCCAACCCAUGGCCGUGGCAUCCCGGACUUCCACUAGGGGGCAUGCUUGGGCCCCCCGAAGUCAACCACGGUUUAAGGACAGCGCUGUUCAGGGUGACUUGUAUAGGAUGAUUCCAAUCCAGCUGCAUUACCAUUUUUUCCUAACAGAGGGAGAAAGCCUCUAGAAGCAAAAAUGAACCAAUUCACGGAUACACCAGAAUUAAGUAAAAGGGAUUUUUAGCCUUAUCUGAGGUCAAGGCUGUAGUUGGGGAUUACGUUAUACCAGUUUUUAUGGCACAGUCUUAUACAACCUAAGUUUUCAAAGAAUUGCAGUUUUGCCCCUCAGAAAUUCUGUCACAGACUCACCUCCUGAUGAGGUGGCAUUGUUCCUUUAUUCGCGUACCUAAUUCCAGUUAUCGGAGUUCAUCCUCUUUUAUAGUCAUUUUAAAAUCCAGUAAUAAAUGACUAGCACAUUUGCCUCUUUAUAAUUUAAGCACGUUACCAUUCAACAUUUUAAAAGAGAAAAAUCAGUAAAACUGCUUGUUUAUGAAGUAGCCGUUAGAACUAAAUUUUAAUGCAAUAUAGUGUCUUACAGAUUCAAAAAAACCACACCGUCCUCCACCCUUUGUCAGUAAUGGACGUGCUCUAGUCCACGAGGUGCCCUCCCCCAUCUCCACCAUCACCCCGUUUUGGGGGUCAAGAUGGCAUUCAGGAAAUUUAAAUGGAGGUGGCGUAAUCCGUAGAGCAACCAAAAUUCAGGCUGAAAAUAAACUUUGGCAAUCCAGUACCUUUUCUGUAAAUUACAGAAAGCACCUUUUCUAAGCACAGGCUGUAAAUAGCAGACACUUGAACAGAGAGCCUUGAUUAUGCUUCAUUUCUUAAAUGACCCGUCAUGACAGACCCACCUCUGAGAGCCCAAGCUCCUCAGUUUAUUUUUUUAUUCUCUUCCUGCCUUAUUUCACCGAAUGACCAUGAUAUUUUUUAAACAUGAUAAGAGUUCCUAGGAAGUUACCCAGGUAAAGGGGUGAUUUCUAACUAGUCAAAAUACCUUAUCUGGCCUUUUCUAUAAGCAUUAAGCCUUUCUCCCAAGCCCAUGCUUAGGCUACCUACAGACAAAGGCAAAAUUUAGAAAGUAAAUGAUAAUGCAGUGUUUCUGGAGAGUGUGUUGCUUGGCACUUCGUAUCUUUCCUUUACAACUCAUGAUGCACCUGCAGUCCAUUUCAUCUUCCCACCAACAGAACCGUGUUGACGUGGCACGUUUCCCGAGUUUGAUGGAAAGACGUUAAGUGCCGUGGGAUAUACAGAUGUUCUCGCCUACAAGCAUUGUACCAGCCUUUUCAAAAGUGAAUUUAUACAAGCAUGGACACUAGUUUCAAUAAACGUUUUGAUAUUCAUAUUUA